ACAAUUCCUCGGGAGCUAGAGGACGGUGUUUUACCACAUUAUUUGCGUGUUAAUUGAUGUAAAAUCAUUGUACACGCGUUCCCCCUGCAUUUAGCAGCUGAUGCACUGCCAAUAGUAACGUUCCUAUGCAUAGUGUCACAGUGGGACUGUUGUCAUACCCAGUAUGUGUCACUAUGAUUUAGCACCUCAACACUUCGGUGUGCUGAUAAGAGCAUUAGCAAGGACAAAUUAGUUCUAGUCAACACCGAACGCCUAGCCGGAUGGUAUUCAUUAAACGGCAGUUCCAAAAUCAUAGCAAUAUAAUAUCGACUACAAAAAAAUCCGGAACUUCUAAUUCGGAGAAAAGACUAUACCAAACGAAAUACUUUUUAAGAAGUAAUGGACGAUUUUAUGGCCUUCGUUACAUGUUCUAGUUGCAUUAUAAUUUGACAUAGUACGUAGCAAUCUUACUACAGUGGCCUAUUAGGACACAGCAGAGAUAUACUUUAACCCUUCCUUGGCAUUCCAGACGUACACGGCUUCAAAGUUUCUUUCCGUAUGUUUGAUAACACGAACAACGUUAAUAACAUACACUCGGAUUGCACAUGGCAAUAAACUUGCGUAAUGUUUUUUUUGCGGCCAGAUGUUCCACCAACAAAAGUGUUCCUUUUACGGUUAAUACUCGACCACUGAGUUCUCUUCCAAUGGCCGGCAUUUUUUUCUGUACCGAUUUGUCUUGGUGGUAAUCAGUGGUGUUUCGGCAGGCUGGUUUGUUUAGAGCUGUUACGUGCUGGAGACGUAAUAUAUAUGUAUCCCUGUCAUCGUCUUGUGUAUUCGAUAGGCAUGGCUAUAGAGCCUAUUCGUCACACAAGUACUGUAACCGUGAUAUAAUAAUGCAAGGACCUAGUGGUGCGAUUGUACUAGAUACGACUGCCAUUGUGCCGUUAUUGGAUUUAUCAAAAUUAUCGAAACGACAGAGUAACAUCAACCAGACGUCACACUGGGACAAACGGGAUUAAAAAUGUCCAGAAACAUUACAAUGUCUUCUGAAUUGGAUCUUCGGAUUAUUAUCACAAAAUUAGCCAAGCAAGGCAGACGGGACUCCAGCGGGGACCUCAUACCGUUGAGCCAGUUGACCGAGGACAAAGUUCAUGAAUACAAGGAAGCAUUCAACAUGUAUGAUAAGGACCAUGAUGGCAUCAUCUCCACACAGAAGCUUGGGGCGGUACUGCGGGCUCUGGGACACAACCCUACCGAGAUUGAGAUGCAGGAAAUGAUUGACGAGAUAGAUUCCGAAGAUACCGGCUCCGUAGACUUUGAGAGUUUCCUGGACGUUGUGAUGAGUCGUGACAUUGAUGACGAAGACCACGAGAGGGCGCUACGCGAGGCCUUUAAAAUGUUUGACAGGGACGGGAAUGGCUAUAUAGACGCAGAGGAAUUGCGGCUAUGUAUGAUGAAUCUAGGUGAAAAACUAACACAAGACGAGGUAGAAGAAAUGAUCCGAGAAGUGGAUGUCGACUUUGACGGUAGAAUGAACUAUGAAGAAUUCGUCAAACUAAUGUGUACAAAGUAUCCGUUGACGUAGUAACCAUGGUGAUCGUCAUCUACAUUAAUAACUUAUCCUUUGCCUCAGGAUCGGAUGUGAUGCCUGUGAUACGUCACCAAAUUACAUCAUCAUAAGACAUCAUUUGAUGGUGUGUUACUUUGCAAGUUCCUUGACAGAUGAGGUUGCAUGGGAUAUCUAACUCACAUGUUUCUUACGGGUGACGUGGUGUUGACAAAACAGUCUGAUGUUAAAAAGAAUGUGCUCUUACAUGCUGCAAAAGUGGUCGAGAAAAACGUUUUCUUCAUCGAAAUAAAUAUUUAGUAGAGAUAUGACGCCACCCUUUUCAUGCAAGCUACUGACUUGCGUUUGAGUGAAAUUUCUCUACAUAUGGAAGGGAUUGAGAGCGGGUUCUUUGUUAUUUGCGUGAGUUUAUAACUAAAACGGAUGCGUGAAUACCUGCACACUUCAGUUUGAGUCUAUGCAUACUUGUGUAUGGUGUGAUAUGUACAUCAUGUGUUUCUUUUUCAUGUUAUCUUAAAAAUCGAGACAAAUGUCUAGGUACAGAUACAACAAAAUGGCUAAUAAUGUUUGAAAUAUUGACUAAAAAUUCUAAAUCUUCUAUCCCUAAUCCACUUUUAGUCUUUAAAUCUUUGUCUGUGUAUUUGCCUACCUCGUUAAAUUCAUGGAGAAGACGACACUUCAAACUAAAGAUAAAGCAAAUUUAACAACAGCGUUUUCUGAAACCAGAAGUCCAUCUUUGUGCAUUUUAUGAAGCUGUCCAAGAAGGCCGAGGAUAAGCGUUGGUAGUGCGUUGAGAUUGUACGUUAUAAAUCGAAAACAGUGAUCUUUGUAGGAAUUUGAAUGUCAGACGACGAUUGCCUAUUUUAAUAUGCAACAUAUAUCGCUCACGAUAAGGAAAAAAUCCUCUUUUUCGUUUAAAAGUGUUUGAUAAAUUGCAUGAAAUACAAUGCGUUUCUAAGGACCUCUCUAGCGCUUUCACCUCUUAUAUAUAGAGAGUAACGGCAUUGUUUUUGCAAGAGACUUGAGUCUUUAGAUAAACCUUCACUGUCCAUUUCAAGAGUAUCCAUAUUUGAAAACAGAGAGAGAUAUCAUUUCCGACGGCGACAAUCCCACUACCGGUUGUUUAUUUAUGAUGUGUUUGUUUGUUUGUUUGUUUGUUUGUUUGUUGACACCUAAUACAGGAGUUAUAUCCUUUUAAUCUGUUAUUAUUUUGUUGUUGUAUAUAUUUGUAUUUAUACAUACAUUUACAUAAAUAUUUGUAUAUUAUUAUUGAACCGUUUAAUUCGAAUGAGCGAUUGUGGGAUGAAAGCGAAAGUUGGUAUGACUGUUUUUUUAUAAAUGUUUAUUUGAAUUGUAUUCACGUUAUAUUUAGAAUCAGGAUCCGAUAUCUCGAAAAACAAUUAUUAAGCCCAAUUUUUAUUUGGAAUUUACUAAAGAUUAUUAAUCGGUUAAAAAUUAUAUAUAUUUUUUCUGUUGAUAUGACAUUUCUGUGUAUAGAAUUCUGCAAUUUAUCACAGCUAGGAGGAAAAGUGUGAAACAAAUAAAAGAAAAGAAUCCAAAAGCCGUAUUAUUCAAAUUAAAGACAAUGUGUACCAAUAUUUGCAAAAAAGCAAGUUAUCACAGACCAUCUCCAAUUCUUCAACAUUGCUAUCAUAUUUUCAUUAUCAUUUUCUUCAUUGUGACUCCAGGAUGGUAGGACCUCAUAUUUAUCGUCUGAAUUUAGGCGUUGCAUAAUUGCCGUCAUUAUUAAAUAAAGCAAUACGCAAAAAUAUGGCAUUGGCGAAUCAAAUUCUUAACAUGAUAUUUAUGUGGUAAAAAAAGUGUUAAGGCUAUUUUUCAUUUCCUAAAUAGAAUUUUAAUAUUUCUUACAUUAUUUAUUAGAAUUGAAAUCAUUAUGUCAGAUAGAGUUAAACAGUUUUUACAUGUAACACCUUUUGUGAGUAAAGCAAAUUGUAUUCUGAAAAGAAGCUCGAACGUAAGCAUAUCCCAGAAAUCAGGAACAAAUCUUACUCCUGAAACUGAAAACGUGUAUGUUGUUUCAAUCUUACUUGUUCAAGUGAAAUUUUCUGUUUUUUCUUACCAAAAUUUUGCCAGUUAGUUUGUAUGUUAUUCUUAAUAAAAUAUUUGCAUACAAAUAACCGAUAAUUGGACAUCAUUAUAUUUCUAUUUAAAUGUUUGCGAUUUAGUAUAUCGCUAUAAAUUUUUAAAACUAUUUUCAUUCAACCUCUGUGUGUUGCCUUCCAUGUUAUUACUUAGUAAUUAUAUUACUUACAAAGUAACGACAUGAACGAAUAUUGCGAUUCGUAGCACACCAUUAUUUAAAAGUAUAUCGGUGAGUGUAACAAAACAAUCUACAUGUAUAUAUAUGGAAUCAUUGCACCGUUAUACAUAGCUUGCACAGUUUAUUGUUCUUACUGAAACUGAAAUUUUGUAUAGAAAACAAUAUUGUAUGGUUUGUGUGUUUAGGUCAAGCUAUUGACAGUAAACAAUUCAAUGCGUGUCUCAUCCCCGUCAUAUUCUGUGUUUUAAUGGAAGAGACGAAUUAGAUUGAAUGCAUUUUUGUUGAAGAUUUGUUUGUAAAAUUUGUUUAAAAUAUUGGGAAGAAAACUAAGGUUUGUUCUUUAUAUGCCUGUGUUAAAUAAUCUCAUAAUGAUUUGUUACUCGGCUAAAAAAACGGAUCAAACAAAGUUCCUGUUUUGACUCCUAGCUGUGACACAUGAAUCAAACAAAAGUCAGAUAUUAUUGUAUAUAUUACUGGCACUCUGUUGAUGUGAAGUAUGUAAUACAAAAUUUAGUAAACUACAAAAAAGAUUAGGCUAGGGAUCAUUUUGAAAUGUUUAUAGCAAAAUAUUAUUGUACGAAUGUGAAAUAUUACACAAAAUUCCAAGUUCUAAGUAAAAAAAACACCCAUUAAAUAUGGAUUAAAUUUGAACCCGGUUCAUUAACAUAAGGCCCUGGUCAGUUUGUAUUCAUGCGUUGGUAAUCCUCGUGAUGUAAGAGUCUUGUAAAGUAACACCUAUACAAUCAAGACACAAAUACGUAUUUGAAUGCUGUACCCAAGGGUUCAGUGUCACACCAAAACUUUAAGUCACAAACAUGCAUACAUCACAUAUUCAACUAAUGCAUUUUUCUCUUAACAUUACAUUAGCUGGGUCCUACAUAAAUAUUUGGGACCGACACUUUAAAACAAGAUUUAGGUCUAAGACUUUGUGGAGAUUCUGGUGCCAACUUCAUCUUUUUCACAAUAAGACGAUUUCCAUCAUUUACAAUCGACGUUAUGUCCAGAGCUUCCCUUUUUGUCAUACAUUGUUUCAGCAUUCUUACAAAUGUAAUUUGAGAGUUCUGUUGAGGUACCUCUUUUCAAACAUUUUUUUACAUUAACAUUAAAAUUGUCACAAAUAGAUAACUGUGUUUUCUGUGUGUUUUGUUUAAAAAGUUUUCUCGAGAACGAGAACCCAAUUGUAUGGAUAUAUUUUGUUGCGCCUGGCAGAGUUUCCACUA